GUUGAACUCCUCAUCGUAGACGUAGAGCAUAUUCCUUUUUUUUUUAACCUUUUCUAUUAUUUAGAGCAACUUUCAUUUGACUCCCCACUUCCCCUUUCAUGGCAUUCUUAAUCGGAGAGUUAGGUCAACAAUCACUCCUCAAUUCAAUAGUAAAACUGAAUCCAGCAGUCGAUAUCUUCGGAUUAGUGUUCCUAUUUUUCAUCGAUUUUGGUUACAGAUAGAUUUCAGAUUUCAAAUUCAAAUCCACAUUGUUCAGCUUUUUAUCCUGCUAAUGGAGCUAUAUAUAUGUGAUCGGUGUUACUAUCUAAUUCUCCACUGCAUACGGCUUCCCUCAAUUGCGAGUAUUAGCUUAAAUUUCAGUUCAAUGGCUUUAAAUAAAGUUACUCUCAUCAGUGACCUUGAUGUGUUACUCGAAAGCUACAAACUCAAGGUGAAAAUCAUUCGUUUGUGGAAACAAACUGUACGCGGAAAUCCGAAGGAAACCUAUGCUAUUGAAAUGGUCCUAAUGGACGAGCAGGGAAAUAAGAUUCAAGCUAAAGUUUGGAAACAGUGUGUUUCUAAAUUUGAGAAUUUACACGAAGAAAAUGGUGACUUUUACAUUGAAAAACCCCAACUUGCUAGCAAUGAUUCACCGUAUAAGUAUGCAAAUAACCGCUACAAACUUACUUUUAACUGGGUCACGAAGGUUACAAAGUGCACUGAUUUUAAUGGGCCGGAUACUAAUUUGGCCUUUGCAACCUUGCCGUCUAUUUUGGCAGACGAACCAAAGAAAGACUGCACAAUUGAUGUUAUCGGUGAAGUUUUACAGUGUUUUGAGAUGGAGUACCAUAUGAUAAACGGUAUCCGAACAAAAAAACAGAACGUGGAAGUCAGAGAUCUAGACAACCUUAAAAUAUAUGUUACUUUAUGGGGAGUCUUUGUUGAUCAAAUGCAAGCUUACUUGAAAGAUAACGCGGAGAAGAGACCAUGUGUAAUCAUUCUUCAGUUUGGGAAAUUGAAGUGGCAUCGAGGUCGCGCGUAUGUUUCAAAUUCUUACUACUCUGUUAGCAGGCUGUUGAUCAAUGAUCAGACUAAAGAAAUUAUUGAAUAUAAGAAAAAGCUGCUUUCCAAAGCUGCUAAUGAUAGUUCUUCGAGUCAACGUAGCACAUCUUCAUCGAUUGUGUAUUCCUUGCAUAAUGAAUUUGUUCAUAAGUUUCCUUUCAGUAGUAUUGCUAAUAUCCAGGGCUUUAAAAAGGAACAAUCGGUUAUAAUUCUUGGUACUAUCAAGGGGAUUCGCAAAGAUGCUGGAUGGUACUAUCAUGCUUGCAAUAAAUGUACUCGAAAGGUUGAAAAAAAUGGUUUUCAUUAAUGAUACACCUGAUGAUUCCACCGAAGUUGAAGAAAAAGAAGUAUUUAAGUGUACUAAUCCAAUAUGCAAAGAUGAAAUGACCACUGUUACGCCAAGAUUUCGAAUUCAAGUUAGGGUACAAGACUGUACAGGAAUAGUGUCGUUGACUUUGUUUGAUCGAGAGGUUAAGAGAAUGCAGGUGUUGUCAUUGGGUAAUCGUGUUAUAGAAGCUCGAAUCAUAUCUGGAAGUAACAUUGGCCAUCGUAUUUAUAUUCCAAGAAUGAGUUUGACACCUUCAGACAAAAGAAUUCCUUUCAAAUUUCGAAGAAGACAAUUUCCGCUUGCUGUAUGUUUUGCAAUGACAAUAAAUAAGAGUCAAGGGCAGUCACUGUCAAAGGUUGGUUUGUUUCUGAGACAACCGGUUUUCACACAUGGUCAAGUGCAUGUUGCGUUAUCCAGAGUCAAAAGUAGAGAAGGGUUAAGGUUAUUAAUUUUAGGUAAAGAUGGUAAAGUUACCAACAAAACAACAAAUGUUGUAUACAAAGAAGUCUUUAGAGAUUUGUAAGUUAUAGGUGUUACCUUUACUUUUUUAUCUUAUUGGUUUUUUAAUAGAAGUUUUUAUUUAUGCCAUUUUUGAGUUA